UGUGACGUCGUUUUCCCUCAUUUCUUCCAUCUCCGCCGGCCACCUUUCCUCCGUUGAUGUGUUGGUGUUGGGAUUUGCGAAUCUUGUCGCGGACGGGAUAUCUAUGGGGUUUGGAGACUUUGUGUCGACCAGUACCGAGAGAGAUGUUGCUGCCAAGGAGAGGUCGGUGACGGAAUGGGACGUCGAAAACCGACGGAGGAGUCAGCAGGAGGAGUUGGUACAACGCUAUCAGGCUCUUGGGAUGCAUGCCGCUGAUGCAGCCAUGGUUGUCGGCAUAUUCGCCAAGUAUCCGGACAUACUAGUCGAUGAAAAGAUGGUGGGAAGAGGAAUCCAGUCUGUGGAUCAGAACGUAGCCCUCGCCCUUUUAGGACUUGCAAAAGCAAAGAUUGCCGGCCAGAACUAUGCUGUCUCAAUGGGUAUAACGCUUUUCAACGGUGCAAUAGCUGGUCUUGCUGCUUAUGCCAUCGGCUGGAGCCUCCGGAAUGUGGCUGGCCUGGAAGAAUGAUCUUUUGAUUCAUAUGUGGAUCAUCAUCCUUAGCUGACUCUUAAGACUAACACAAAUUUUGCUUACCGAUGAAUCUACAUGCUGCGUAGUUGUUUAUAAUUUUGCGUACUGAUGUUGGGGUUUUUUGACACAUUUUGUUCCCAUUUCGAGUCAAUGAACUAGUAGGUUUAUGAUGGAUAAAUCAAAGUAUGCAAAGACAACAUGUAGCAGUGUGUGUGAUAUGCAGUUGGCCAUUAAUGAAGAAUUACGUUUUUUGUUUCCUUCAAGUUAAA